CGAGGAGCAUUUGGCCCCCAACUAUCCAGUCAGCCAACUAUUUAGGCAGUGGCAUCCUCCACGAGCGUUCACCUGAGUCCAGGAUCGCCAUCACGCAAGGCUGAUGAGAUGUCGCAAGGCCAUGGCGACGGCCAAUCUCUGCGAAACCAGGCUGUAGUGUUAUGGCAUUCUGAGGGUGCGCGGGACCCGGCAAAUGAAUUAUGCCGCACCUGUGUGUCUCUCGAAGUCAGUGUCGAUAAGUUCAGGGUGAAAUCGCAACCACAUUCGAAUUCGCAGCACAGUCCUGCAAGCUUCAGUUUGGUAUCUUCGACAGACUCAAAAAGCCUUGGUACGUUGACAGAGAUUUACGAAAGAGCUUCAGAAGGCUGUAGCCUAUGCGUGUUGAUUGUCAAGUCUGCCCAUGCCCGUCACGAAUAUUUCGACCCGAGGGGUGAAGACUUCGCGGCCGUGCAGCAUGCUACAUGUCGCGUCAGCUGGGAAGUAGAUGGACGUAAAGCAGUAAGGGACCGAGCAAGAAAGGGUGACCGAAAGCAAUCAGACACUGCCCGUGGCCUCACCAGGAGAAUGCACUUGAGGUGGGAUCACGGUAGCAUCAAGGACGCCUACGUGGUCCUCAUUGUCCAGGAUAAGUUUCUGACCACCGCAUCAGAUGCGCAUCGCAUUUGGGGCCCCGAAUCGUUAUUCCUUGGGCGACGCAUCGAGACCACUGGCAACAUUCAAACGCGCCUAAUCAGUUGGUAUGAUCUCUGUAGGCAACAUCACUCAGGACAGUGUAUUGGAGGAAGUACGCAGACGUCUGCCAAGUUCGAUGAACUCUUGUCGCACUCCUAUUUUGGGGUCGUCGACGUGCUCAAUAUGCAAUUGACCGAGUUGCCCCGCAUGUCUCCAUCAGGCGACACUCGAUACGCGGCAUUAAGUUAUGUAUGGGGUACAAAGCGCACUUUCACAACGACACUUGAGAACAUCAAUCUUUUGAGGAUGCAUGGAGGCAUAGAGAAAGUACAGCAAGAACUUCCUCCAGUCAUUCGGGAUGCCAUUGACCUUGUGCGUCGCCUGGGUUUGCGAUACAUCUGGAUCGAUGCACUCUGCAUCACGCAAGAUAGCCCGCAAUCCUGGAAGCUCAAUGCGUACAACAUGGAUGCCAUCUAUGGUAAUGCCGACUUGACAAUAUGCGCUGCGGAUGGGGAUGAUGCUUUCACGGGUCUGAAAGCAAUGAGACCCUCAAUCGGGACACAGCAUCAGGCUGUGACAGAUUGUGGCGGAGGUGUUCAGCUUAUGCUCAGUCGACCGCCGGAGAUAUCCAUAAAGUCGUCGAAGUGGAAUACUCGAGCCUGGACAUUCCAGGAACGCCUACUUUCACGCCGAUGUUUAAUCUUCGUUGAAGGCAGAGUCUACUUUCAAUGUCCAUCCACUGGCGUUUCGGAAGACAUAUAUGCAGACAGAGAAGGCGCAGGUUGGUCCCUGGACUUCGUUGACGCCCCCUUACAAAUGUUCAAGCGGCUGUCACAACGAUCCUUCUGGGUCUAUAUGAGUGUGGUCGAACUCUACAGCGCCCGGGAUUUGACUCAUCCAAAGGACGUACUUGCAGCAUUCAGCGGGAUCACGAAUCGCCUGGAAAACCAGAUGUCAGCACCCUUUGUCCUAGGGCUGCCGAGCUCCCACUUUGAUCUUGCACUUCUAUGGCAGUUCACUGGCCUAGCUCAACGGCGCACACCCCGUGAUGAGCGCGAAAAAGAAGGCUAUGCAGGCUUAAAGUUUCCCAGUUGGAGCUGGAUGGGAUGGAUGGGCGCUCCAACGACGUACGAACGGUCAUUUAUGGGUGACUGCCUUGAAAAUCCAAGUGAUUGGCUGAGAUCGCAUACUUGGAUACGCUGGUUCGUCAGAGAUGGAAAAGGUGACCUACGACCACUACAUUCUGAUUUCCACUGGAGUCAAGACCGAAGCGAAGAGUCGAAAUGGCGAGGAUACAGUCAUGCCCGUCUCAGUGGGGAGAAGAUCUGGACACAUUAUAAUGAGCGUGACUUGGAGGAAGUCAUUUACGUCGAGCGCUAUCCAAGAGUUGCAAACGACAGGGUAUAUGCCGACAAUUCGAGACACGAUCAUAGGCUUGAUCGAUCGCGUAGAGCGAGAUACGCAACAACCAUCGAUGAAUCCGAUACAUCCUCCCAGAGCACUGUCUAUUCGAUGUCCGAACAUAGGAGACAACCGGCGAUUCACGAAUCACGCCGACGCUACGAACACUUCCGCUACGUCGAGCCAGUAGCAGAGUCUAGCGACCCCACUUCUGAAGGCAAUGAAGUCAGAGAGAGGACCAGGCGCAGGAGCUAUAAGCGCCCUCCCCGUCGGAGCUCCGAGCACCAUCAAAAAGCGGUGGGCCGAAUAUCACUGUCUUUUGAUCGGAUAUUCGGUUCCUCGCAAGAGACGCAACCAGUCGAGACCGAGGCAAACCCAAGGUUUUCGAUUUACUCGAAGGAGUGUCCGUAUCGACCGGUUGUCGCCGAGUACACCAGAAAUCUCGACAGCCCCGAGUUCCCGCUGAUGCCGAUUCUGCAGUUCUGGACCUACUACACGUGGCUCAACAUCUCCAUGCCAGCAACUCCCGAAGCUGACAUCAACCCCGAGACUGUGCGAUGCCACAUUGCAGACGACAGCGGAGACUGGUGCGGUUCCAUCGUGCUCGACAGGCCGUGGGUCGAGUCCAAGACUUUUGCAAGCAGGGAGUUCAUUGCCAUUUCUGAAGCGAAGCAAUUCAACAUGGAAGAAUGUCCAGUCUGGACUUACUAUAUCCCCAAGGAGCGAGAUCAGUCUGAGUGGGAUCUGUUCUACGUAUUGCUUAUUGAGAGAAAGGAUGAGCAGUGGGAGCGUGUAGGCUUGGGCAAGGUGUUCAAGGAGGCGUUCAUGCGGACCGCGAAGUGGAGGGAGAUCAUGCUAGGCUGAUGUAUCGAAUUAGCAAAUUUCAUAGGCGUGGGGAGUCACAUCAAGGUGAGUUUUUCUCGUUAUUAGAAUUGAUCACGUCCACGUGUAGGUAGCAAACGUCCACGUGUGCGCCAGUAACACGGAACUU